AUGGCUCUCUCCCAGUGCCACGUGGUUAAGGUCUUCAACCGUCUUUCGAGUCGACUCAAAAAAUCUCUUAUGCUUGCAUUGCACCACGCGCUCUCUUCCUGUACUGCAUUGCCAUGCCAGGCCUUGAAGUGCCCACGGCGUUGUGCACCAAGCCGCCCGCGCUGCCGAGUGAGUGCGGUGGCCAUUGUGGAUGACAAUGGGACGCACAUUGUGCGGUUGCCCUCGCCCACACAAUGA